UUCUAGGUUACGGUGACAGGUGCUGAAUGUCACCAAAAUGGUUCGGAAGUUGAAAUUUAAAGAUUUUGCGAAAUCAUGGGUUUGUUGUCCAAAGGAAUACCACUUACUUGGGAUAGUACCAAAAAAUAUAAACAAACUGUCAAAGAACAAGGAAUAUUGCAGUUUAUUAAUAUAUAUCACAAGUUAAAGGAUAGGAAUACACCAUGCCUUAUGUGGGGCGAUGAAAUAGAAUACAUGCUCGUAUCGUUUGACGACAAAUCGCAAAAGGCGAGAGUUCUUCUCAAAGGUGAGAACAUCGUAUCCGAACUUUCCGACAAAAUAGCUAAAAUCAAAAAUCCGGAAUACCUGUGGCACCCCGAAUUCGCGUCUUAUAUGGUCGAAGGUACUCCGGGGUUACCCUACCUAGGUAACAUGGCUUAUUUUAAUAUCGUAGAGGCAAACAUGAAAUCAAGGAGAGACGCUAUUAGAGCGGUAUUGAAGCAAGAAGAAACCGUUUUGACGUUGACAUCAUUUCCACGUUUGGGCUGCGAAGAUUUUUGCGAUCCCGCGACUUCAACUACCCCUGGCACCGGAAAAAUGCGUUCACUUUAUAUUCCUGACAAAGUCGCGAAUAAUUCUCAUCCAAGAUUUUUAAAUCUUGCUUCCAAUAUCCUCCAGCGUAAAGGACGCAAAGUUGAUAUAAACAUACCAAUAUACCAAGACGACAAUACUCCCAAACCUUUCAUUGAAACCUUUGAAGGAUUAGGAUCCGCAGCUGACAUUGCAGACUCCCUAAAGGCUUCGAUUCCUAAUCAUGUGUACAUGGACUCUAUGUGCUUUGGCAUGGGUUGUUGCUGCUUACAAGUAACUUUUCAAGCGUGUAAUAUAGACGAAGCACGUUAUUUAUACGACCAAUUAGGUGCUCUUUGUCCAAUUAUGCUGGCUUUGACCGCUGCCUCUCCGAUAUUCAAAGGUUAUUUAACCGACAGAGAUUGUCGCUGGGACGUCAUAGCUGGUUGCGUGGAUGAUAGAACCGACGAGGAAUUAGGACUUCAACCGUCUAAUGGUCCAAAAAUAAGAAAAUCAAGAUACGAUUCGAUUGACUGUUACAUCUCUUAUACCGGAAAGCCUUAUAACGAUAUUCCUAUACUUUACGACAAAGAUUUCUACAAUAAAUUAGUCAGUGCAGGCGUCGAUGAGUUAUUAGCAGAACAUAUAGCCCACCUAUUUAUACGUGAUCCCGUUAUACUAUUCGAAGAAAAAAUUGUUCAAGCCGAAACCGAUUCCGACCAUUUUGAAAAUAUCCAAUCUACGAAUUGGCAAACUAUGAGGUUUAAACCUCCACCCCCAGAUACUGACAUUGGUUGGAGGGUUGAAUUUCGUCCUCAAGAAGUACAAUUAACAGAUUUUGAAAAUGCGGCGUACGUAGUCUUUAUCGUUUUACUUACCAGGGUCAUCCUUUCCUAUAACCUCAAUUUCCUUAUACCCAUUUCCAAGAUGGAAUUAAAUAUGGCAGAAGCACAAAAAAGAAAUGCGGUUAUAGAUGGAUUAUUUUACUUUCAUUACAAAAAUUAUGCCAAACGUGAUGUUAUGCACAAAGAAGAGGACCUGAAGAGACAGGAACUCGAAAAACACACGAAUGAACAUCAGAAUUCUGAUGUUCAUUCCAAUCUUAAGCAAGAUUUGGAUAAUUUUGAAUCUUCCUCCAGUUAUAAGACUAUAAGUAAAAACGAUCUAAAUAAUUUCAGUGUUAUUAAUCAUUUUAACCACGUGAACCAAAGUGAAUCGAAUUCUAAUCACCACCUUAUCACAGAUUGGAAGCCUAUGAAUAUAAACGAAAUUAUUAACGGAAACCACGAUUUCCCCGGUUUGGUUCAAUUAGUCAGAAAUUUCCUAGACAACAUGGAAUUGGACGUUAAUACUCGUUGUACUAUUCUUCAAUAUUUGGAGUUAAUUGAGAGAAGGGCAUCAGGUAAAUUAUUUACUAUGGCGCAUUGGAUCAGAGAAUUUGUAACCAAUCAUCCCGAUUAUAAAAAGGAUUCUAAGGUAUCCGAAUUAAUCAAUUACGAUUUGCUAAGAAUGUGCGAUAAAAUGACCAAAGGUGAUGUCUCAUGCCCGUUUUUAAUAGCCGAUUUAACUUCUAAAUCCGUAAAUAAAGUUCCUGAACAUAUCGGAGCAAAGAAAUGUUGCUAGAAAUAUACCUUAUUUUUUUACACUCACUAAAAAUGCUUUGUUUGCACCAUUUCCUUCUAUAAUAUACUCAGAUUUUAUUCCAAGUUUUGAAUCUCUAUCUGAUUUAUUCAUAAACUUAUAGUUGUAAUUUCCUUUAAAGCUAAUAUAAUUAAUUAUCCUUUUUUCCUCGGCGAUUUAAUUUUAAAAAAAAAUGUACAAUAAUUAUAAUCAAAUUUUCAUUUUUAUCAAGAUCAGAUAUUUUAAUCAAAUUUUCAUAUUUAUCAAGAUCAUAUAUUAUAAUAUUAAUAAGGGAAAUAUAGACAAAAAAAUGACAGAUAAUAUUUAGAACAGGGCGUGUCCCAACGCCAUAUCUUUGAGGGGACGCCUAUACGUUAACCCGCCAUAAUUUUUCGUCUUUAUCGUAUUGUAAUAUAAAUAUCUUCCAUAAUUUUUUAUUCAUAAUAAAAAAUAAAAUCCUUGUUAUAUGAAA